CCUCGUGACAGUGACGCGGGCUCGUUAUCUGUGCUUUUAGCGUGCGGGCGAGGAUGACUUUUUGGUGACAAGGGAAAGAACAUGGGGCACGAGGGAAUGUCGAAUUAUAAACCACCGGCUAAGGCACUUCCUUACUGGAUUUUUGCGGGGUUGAGGGUUGCUCUGACACUCGUGCCACAGACUGGGUACAUUCAUCCUGAUGAGUUUUUUCAGUCCAUCGAGGUGAUUGCAGGCGAUCGCUUCGACAUAAAUGUGAACAAGCCCUGGGAGUUCAACGCAACCUUUCCCAUCCGCUCGGCGCUGGUCCCCCAGCUAGUCGUAGGGCUGCCCUACUCCAUCCUCAACGUCCUGUCCCCCUACUUCUCCCAUUACUUCCAGCUCCCCCUGAGAACCCCCUACCUCCUCGUGGUCCUCCCGAGGCUAGUCAUCUGCGUUCUAUCCUUCAUCACCGAUUACUCCCUCUACAAAAUAUGCUGCAUCUACAGCCAGAAUUACCGGGUGCGACUCGUCAUCUUCGCGAGCUCCUUCGUCAUGAUGACGUACGCCACCCACACCUUCUCGAACAGCAUCGAGCUCAUCCUGAACUCGAUUCUGAUUUAUUACGUCUCCAGGUGCAUGGCGUGCUCCGAGAAAAUUGUGCUCCAGAGCGAUCACUUCAAGGAGCGCUAUGACAAGGCCCCGACGAUCGUCGAGAGGGUAAAGUACUAUAAACUGCGAGCGUCACUCCCAUCGCACUCCCUCAAUCACUGCGUCGUCCUGGCGACAGUCACCGUCCUGGGGAUCUUCAAUCGUCCGACCUUCAUCGCUUUUGCUUUCCCACCGAUUGCCUUCUGGCUGCAGCGAGGGCUCGGCUCCAGGAGCGUUGGCUUCUGGGAUUUUCACGUUCGAAUCAUCACCUUCAUUUUCUGUGGAAUACCGACUGCUGUCGCCAUCAUCCUCGCUGAUAGCUUCUACUUCGGGUACCUGACCCUCAGUGAGAUCAUGAAACUCGAGGUGGGGAUGGAUAAUUUUCUUGUAACUCCGUUGAACUUCUUGAGGUACAACUCGGCGACUGAGAAUCUAGCACAGCAUGGAAUUCAUGGGAGGUACCAGCAUUUUCUGGUCAAUGUUCCACUGUUGUUCAAUGCCCUUGGGGUCAUUGGAUUGAUCUCCUUCGGGAAGAUGAUCAACAGUGCCUCGAAACGCCACUGGCUGGAGCUCCCCCGCAUCCAGAGCGUCGAGAGUCUGAUGAUCGCCUGCUUCAUAAUCCCAAUCGCUCUUCUAUCAAUCUUCCCGCAUCAAGAGCCUCGAUUCAUCAUCCCAGUGCUGCUUCCCCUGGUAUUCCUUCACGGGACGUCCCUGGGGUACGGGAAGAGCGCAACAACAGUCGCCUACACCAACAACAACGACCCAAGUCACCUCUACGUGAGAAAAACCCCGAAGAUAAUUAGAUGGCAAGUGAUCUGGUGGAUCACCAACAUCUUCCUGACGUUAUUCUACGGCUUCCUGCACCAAGGGGGGGUUCUGCCCCUAGCCAGUCACAUUUUCCACGAGUUGAAAGCGAAACCAGAGCUCACACACGUCCAUUUAUUCACAUCUCACACUUAUUCACUACCCACGGCUCUCCUCCAGCUGAAGAAUACGAAUAAAAUUUAUACCAGCAGUACUAAACAUCGGUAUCAACUCAAACAGGAUUUCUUCCUGUAUGAAGAGGGCAGCAAGGAUGUCCCGGAAGUGUACGACAACAUUCGGAGGACAUUGAGAGACUGCGAGAAGAAAUUCCACAAUCAAAAGAUACCUUACAGACUCUAUUACGCGAUGCCUGUUAAUUUAUUCCCUGAGUUUAUGGAGCACAUUUUGAUGAAUGGCACCAGAGACUUGAGUUAUCAGACAACUAAUGUCUUUUAUCCACACGUUACCACCGAAAAAUUACCAGUGUUGACGUUUAAUUUCGAUUGCUUUCUCGUGGAGAGCCUGAGUCUCUGUCUCAAUCAUUUGACAACGAAUUUUUCCAACGACUUGUUUCAGUUAUUCGAUAGCUUUGGAUUAUUACUGCUGCGAAUUGAAGUGCCUGAUAAUGCUGGAUAUAUUUCGUAGGAGAUUGUUGUGAUGUGGUUGCCUGUGGAACGAAUAAAUCGAAGGCUUUUUUCAUAUUA